UCAGCACUCAGUCACUCGAUUGUUUGUGUUUUUUUUUUUUUUCUUUCUUUCCUUCAGCUGAUGCUGCAGGUCUCUCAGGUGACAGGUAAAUGAUUCUCUUAGGGGUGGAGCCGCUCUUGCAAAGCUCUUGGCUAACCGGAGAACAAGUACACCUGUUGUGCCUCCCAAGCAGCUUGACAUCUGACUAUGCCUUUGGAUUUCCACACAGCUUGAGGACAAUUACUACACAACCUAGGCUCCACCAUGGAGAAUAAAAUGAAGCAGAUUUUCAGACCCAAGAUGUACAUUGGAGAAGGAAGGAGAAGCACAGACACGGUGGUGGCAGAAAAUGUUACUGAUACAUCUGGCACAAUCAGGAGGAGCCAGUCUGAUAGGACAGAAUAUGGCAAAAAACUGAAAGAUAAAAUGGCCUCCCAAGACACACCAACUUCAUCCUGUUCAGCCCUUGAUCCACAGGAGAUAAGAAGUAAAAUGAUGGCUAAAAGAUUAAAAGUUAUUCAGGAGCUGCUUCAGACUGAGAAGGACUACCUCACUGACCUGGAGCUGUGCAUCAAGGAAGUUGUUGAACCACUUAAAGACAUACAGGCUGUGGAAGUGGACCGACUCUUCAUAAAUAUUGAGUCUAUCAAGCAGGUUUCAGCUUCACUACUGGCCAACUUGGAAGAGGCUACAGCCGGAGUAGACCCAGAAAUACAAAUUAUAGGCAAAACCUUCUCACAUGUCAAAGCAGAGAUGGAAGAAGCAUAUAAAAUCUAUUGCUAUCACCAGGAUGAUGCAAAUAGUUUACUAAGCACCUAUGAAAAAGAUGAAGAAGUUAACCAGCAGUUCAUCAACUGUAUCAUGACCCUUAAGUAA